AUGGUGGAGGUGCUGCGGAAGGCAAGCAGGUUUGUUGGCCAGUUGAGCGCUGCCGAGGGAGCAGCUGUGGUGGACGCUGCCGUGGAUCCCAUCUUGGCGUCUGCAGAAGAGGUCACACUGCGGAAAGUGGCGCGCACUUGGGCCGAGCUCUGUGCAUGGGCGCAGCAGAACACAGUUGAGCUUUCAGCACUGUCAGCCGUGCAUGUAGCGCAGUUUGUCUUGACAAGCAAAGCUAAGAGUCGGGUAUUACCGGCGCUUGUGUUCAUGCGUAAACAUUUGCAUUUUGCCCCAGACCUUGGCUUGACGAAGGCAUUCCGUUCUGCCAGGUCGGGAGGUGUCGGACUCGGUGCCAAGCAAGCUCCUGUAGCGCAACCAGCCAUGCUGCUGUCCUUAGAGCAGCAAAUUGUUGCAUCGUGUCGCAAUCGCAACCCAGAUUGGCUAGGCCUUUUUGCCACUUGGUGUCAGGCGACAGGUUGCGUCCGACUUGUGCAUGUUCAACGUAGCAGGUUGGUCCAAUUGGACCAACGUACCAUGCUCUUUGAGUGCGUGCGUGGGAAGCAGCGGACCUGUCCCAGGUUUUCCAUAGCCGAGAGCGUUGACUUUGGCGGCAUGUUCUUGGAAGCCUUGCAGAAACAGAGCUGUCCUAGCUUGAUUCAGUGUGUGGCUUUCCGCGCCACCAGUGGUGAAGAGAUCGCGCCCAGCGCAGUGCGUAGCGUUGUUGGUCUAGCCAUGUCCGCAGUGUUGCCUCCAGAAGAGGCGUGCAAGGUCUCGUCAAAGUGUUGGCGUCAAGUCCCAGUCACGCUUUCAUUAUUAGGAGGUUUGGAUCCGACUGAGGUGUGUGCGCUUGGUAACUGGUUGGAUAAGGGACCCUCAAGCCGGAAUGUGAUGCCUUGGCGGUAUCACCGAGCCAAACUGCGGCAAACUACUGAGCUCAAACAUCACCUCCGUUUCGUACUGCGAGAGAUCUUGCUCGCACCGGCCUGUGCUGCCUGGGAGGAUGUGGACACGGACGUGAUCCGCGACUGCUUUAGGAGGGCUCGUGUAGCUGUAGCCGCCCAACUGAAGGUGCAGCCCCAAGUUCAAUACCAGUGGCAAGGGCCGCGUGGUGUGCGUGGUGAACAAGCAUUUCGCCUUCGUCGCUCAAGUCUUUCUAGGUUACAGAAGGGCUUAGCACCUACAUUAUCGAAGGCGUCCGAGCGUGUCGCAGGCUGUGCGCAGCAGAGUGCUUCUGUGGCAGCGGCUGUGAACCCGGCGCUGCCUGUUGCUGAGUGUGUCAGCUGCGAGACGUCCCAAGUCCAAGGUCCAAGCAAAUCUCCGAUGCGUGCCAACGCGACCAGCGUUCCUGUGGCUGUGGCCACUGUGGACCGUGAGGACGAAUUCUUCGCCCAGUUGGCAAGGCAGCGCUGGAGUCGUCCAGGCCGGAGAACGAAACCAGAGCCGCCUACUGUGGUAGCUAGGUGGAAUUCAGCUCGCGCGUCGCCCGUGGUGUUGCUCGGUGGGCUACCAAGCCAGGCCGAUGCGCCGUUGUUUCAGAAGUAUCAGGUGAAGUUAGUUGUCACUUGCUGUCGUGAGACGCUCGCCGAUAAGCAAGGGUACAUCCACCCGGGAGCAUUCCACCUCCAUAUCGACCUCAUGUGCCCUGCGUCAAGACAGGAAGCCUGGGUUGUUGUCAAGCGGUGUCUGUUUAACACCCUAGCUGCGGAUGGAUCCGUGUAUGUCCAUUGUUCUGCCGGUGUGCGCCGCGCGCCUUGUCUGGCUGCUGUUGUCGUGGCACACAUCCUUGAGGUCUCAUUCGACGCCGCGCUUGAACAUCUGCGUCGUGUCCGAGCUAUCAAUCCUGAUGGCCUCAUUCAGCGAGAUUCGGAUGGUGAGCUAUUCAAAUGGCUCCGCCGUAUUGCAGAUGGUAGCAUCACUCCUACCUUGACAGUGACCCUGCCGCUUCAGUUCCUUGCCAGUGCCCGCGGGCACUCUGCCAUUCAUGUGUUGGCUGCCGAUGGCAACGACGGGCCAGCGUGCUGUACCAAGCGAUCAAUGGAUGUUGUGGAUGUCUGGGACGUCCGAUCCAUUUUCAAUCAACGCACGUCCACGGCUAAGCGCCGCCGUGUAGCAGGGAGCUUGUACAUCAGUGAGCAAGGCGAUGAGGACGAUGCGGGUCCCGGCGAACAGACUUGGGUGACUUACUUGCAGCAGUUGCGUGUGUGCUUGUAUGCCCUUGCGUUGCCUGGGGCUGCUGCGGUGGACCCAGCGCCCUCUGAGCGUGAGACGCCUGAGCGCAGUGCGGAUUUUGUGCAAGUGCCGCUGGAUGUGCUGUUGAAAUACUGGUUCCGCUGCGAGAAGUUGGCUCUGCAGCUCCCAGAGCGCUUGCGGUUGCAGCACAUCCAAAACCUUGACCGCGUCGAGCGGGGUGAGUGGGCCCAGCGGUUUGCCAAUGGCACAUGUACAUUGGGGCAAUGCGUACUGACCGUGUUUCGUGAUAGGGAUGCGCGCUGGAUGGCCCCCCCUCCUGAGCCUCCUGCUCCCCCAGCGAACCGGCGCGGAAGCCCUACAGAACAGCCGCUUGCUCCUGCAGAUCCAAACGCAGGUCAGUUCGCCAAAGAGUUGCGGGAUGGCACGCGUUUGUGCCAGCAUUGGCAGACCGGGAAAUGCACCAAGCAACAUGAUGUCAACUGCAACAAUGGAAAGCACAAGUGUGCUGUCACCUUCCGCUCGGGGCGCGCCGAGCCGGAUGAUGACCAGCCCCGAGUUCCAGUCUUUUUAGACCUCUUGUCAGGGCCGCGUUGCCCUCUCACGCAGGCUUUUCAGUGGGCCGGUUGGAAGGUGCUGCAGCCAAUUGACAUCGCCAUCGAUCCCGCCUGUGAUGUCACUGAUGUGUCAGUGCAGCGUGCCAUAGGCGAAGUUUUGCCAACCGUCCAUUUGUCUGCUGCAGCAAUAGACUGCAGCACUAAAAGCCGAAUUCGCGCGAUUCCAGUGCCAGGCGCCAAGAGAGCGCCCAAGCCUCUGAGAAGCCAGACAUUUCCACGGGGCUUGCCCAAUGUACGAGGCGCGCAGGCGGCGCGCGUUCAUGCCGACAAUGCCUGUUCCGACUUUCUGCUGGCCACUCAGCAUGUGUUGCAUGAGCACGGUAGGGGGGCUUUCAGAGAGAACCCCGGCAACAGCCUUCACUGGUUUGACCCUGUUGAGCAGAAGCUCCAAGCUUCGGGGCAGUGGCAUGACUUCCAGUACUUUGCCUGUUUCCAGGUUAUCCGCCACAACCUGGCUAGCAUGCAGGUGUUGCCAUUUCACCAGUGCGGGCAUGUGCACGACCCGCGUGAGUGGGCUCCAGUUGUCAGCGAGUCCGGGGUCAGCUACCCAAGUACAGAGGAAGCUGAGUAUUCCGCAUCUUUGUGCUUCACUCUUGUUGCCGCGGCGUCGCACUGGGCGGUUGACAAAGGGUUUGCUGUCUUGCGCAUACAGCGCCUCCCGCCUGUGCAGCCUUCAGGUGAUUGGAGGGGACUCCUUACCCUGCCUGCUGAAACAUUUCGCGCGGACUCCAUGGCUCUGAUGGCGGCCCAUGUCGGCCUGUCCCCCUACCCAGGUUCCGCUACUUGCGUUCAGGUCCAGGCUGUUUGGGUGCGCGACAAGCCGUUGCCGUGUGAUGUCGUGUACAUAGGACACAGUCACUUUUCGCACAGACUGCCGGUCACGUGUUGGGAGAACCCGUUUGUGGCUGGCCGCGAUGGCAGCGCUGAGUUGGUUGUCUUCCGUUACAUGCAGUGGUUUCCGAGAUCAGGCCUGCAAGGCAAGUUGUUCCAGCUUUGUGGAAAAAGGCUUGCGUGUGAUUGUGGGGCAACAGAGCUGUGCCAUGGUGAUUUUCUCCUCGGGCUGUUGCUACAGGGCGCCGAUUCCCCCACACCCCAGCUUCUCCCGGCACAGACCGCAAGGGUGCGGCGGGUCUUGUUGGCUGCUGCGGCUGGUUUGCAGAUUCCCGCUGGGAUCGCGUACCCAAUUAGUCAAGCCUCGAUUGCGUCUGCAGCUCAGUCGCUCCUUCAGGGCGGCGGGCCGAGUGAGCGCUUUUCUUUGCAGUGGCCCUACAUGGAAGACUUGGUCAACUCUCCACACUUCUCUGCCUUUGGCGCUUGGUUGAGAGAUCGGGGGUUGCCCGACGCUGGAACGCUGGGUCCUCGCGCCCUGGGAUCCGCGUGUGUCAUGGCCCAGCGCGCGAGUGCGGCAGAGCAGGGCGCCGCUGUGAAUAAGCGUAAUGCACUUCCGCCCGUAGUGCCAUACGGACAAACUGCGGACAAUCACUUCCGCCUGCCAGUGCAGGCCCAGUGUACUGGUUGCCCACUUGAUUGGGAAGCGGCAGUGGACCACGACGUGCAGUUUGCCGCGUCAUGUGUGACGGGCAACCUUGACCGUCUCCGACGCACUCGGGCGGAUGCUCUAGAACUUCUCAAAGAAUUGUCGAGGCGUUUGUGGCCGGUGUCGCAGGCGUUGCACAGCGUCCAGCACCCAGAUGUGCACUCAGUCAACCAACAGGUGCAUCUUGCCUUGUUUGCGGUGUGCACUGUUUUGUUCGCCUGGCCUGACACGUCGUUUGUUCGGGGUCUGUUGAGAGGCUUCAGUGCAGUUGGGUAUCAACCGCAGUUUUGCACCCUGGAGGAAGCCUUGCUUGAAGGUCGAGCCGAUGCCGACGCCGUAGUACGCUCUCUUCGGCCGUCAGCCGAUGAUGCUGUGGCUUGUGCAGCGGGCGAGAAGGACGAGCAGUCUGGUUUUUGUCAUCCCAGCAUCGGGUGGCAAGAGUUGCUUGCUACGGGUCGCUCGUUCCGGUUGAUUAGACGGUUUGUGAUAACCCAGGCCAGUGGUAAAAAGCGCGGCAUCGAUGACUCUAUGUCAGGAAGACAAAGCGAGUUCAGCAGCGAUGCCAAUAAGCUUCAGUUCUGCUCAGCAAUUCAACCGUGCCUCCACGCCCAGACCCUGGCAGCAGAACUGUCCAGGGCCGGUAUCAGCUUCGACGAGUGGCUUGAUGAUUUGGUCACUGCCGGGGAAGACCUGCCUGAAGCAUACCGGAAAAUGCCCAUGAAGCCUGAUCAUUCCUGGGCGUGUGUGGUCGCCUAUCAUGAUUGCGAAGCCGGAGGUCCGAGGUUCAGGCGCUACAACGGCAUGCUGUUCGGGUUGCCCCUUGCAGUUUCUGCGUUUAACAGGCUCCCCAUGUUCAUGCAGUGCGUUUGCAGGAGGUUGCUGCGUGCAUUGGUGUCGAUGUAUUUCGACGACCUAACAUUGCAGGACUGGCGUAGUCUCGCGGUCGAGACCCAGCAGCAGGUGGGGGAGAUGUUUGGCUUCCCAUUCUCUCCGGAGAAAAGGCAACAGCCUGCCGCCACAGGCGAUUUCUUGGGGCUGAUGCAUGACUUUUCCACUCUCCGUCAUGGCACCAUCCAAGUCUGGGUGCGCCAGCGACUUGUGGUGAAGAUCCUAGACAUCAUCCAGGAAGCAAGAGCAGCCAACACUCUCAGACCAGGCCAAGCCAGCAAAUUGUUCGGGUGCGUGGCCUUCCUCGAUCAAGGGGUUUUCGGACGCGUUGCCCGUGCAGGCCUCCAAGCUAUCAAGGAUAGGCAAUAUGCAGCGUCAGGCCGUGCGCGACUCACUGGAGAGCUUCUGGCAGCCUUUAGCACCAUCGAAGCCGUGCUCGCCUUGCGGCCUGAACGCCUUGUCCGCCUCCUUCCCCAGCUUGGAGAUAGGGUUGUAGCAGCCAGCGACGCUGCGCAAGAUGCGCGCCGAGUUGGGUCUGGCGGGCUACUUCUUGUCACUGCCAGACGAGAGCGUCUGGGGGCCGUCGUCCCGAUAGGUGAUGCUGUUUUCGAUCUCUGGGAUGACCAAGACACAAAAAUUGCCCAGCUGGAAUUGCUUAUGGUACUGCAGGGCUUGCUCGCCUUCCCGGCUGAGUUCAGGGGUGCGUCAGGAGUUUGGUAUGUCGACAACAUUGCUGCCUUGAUGGCGUUGGUGCGCGGCAGAAGCGACAGUCCAGAGCUCGACCACAUGGCACAAACCAUUUUUAUUCUUCUGUUCCACCUCCGGUGUUAUCUUUGGUUUGAGUGGGUGCCUAGCGCAAGCAAUUGGGCUGACGGCAUAUCCAGGCACGGAUUCCGCGAUACUUGGUGGCAGUCUCAUCGUUUCUGUGUGCACUCCAGUGCGGUUCCAAUCUUCUUGUGGCAGUUUCCACUGGCCAUCCGCUCUGCAAUCUUCAGCUUCCUAGCAUAG